AUGUGUGCACUACCCACCGCUGGCUGUUCCGAGACCGGAGGUGCAAAGCCAAUGCCAGCUCUCAAAUCCUGCUUCCGUGCUGCACCCCUCGGUGUUGAUCGAGGUGCUGCUGUGCACACACUGGCGAGUCCUGAACAUCUCGCUCUCCGCCAGACUGUUCGAGGCCCUCAAACACUUCCAGGCAUUGGCGAUCCAACGCCGGGUCUACUAUCUCUCUUCACUCUUCAUCGUCCCCGUCAGCUUAGCACCAGCCUGCCACUGGGAGCUGCAGCCAUGUCGGGGCUCGGCAUCGACUUUGGCCAUGAGUCCGAGGCUUACUCCACCGACACCGGCUCACGUACUUCGGCAGCGACCACUUCCACUUCAGGCUUCCACAGCCGCACACGAGCACACAUGAUCCCCAAAAAGUCCUCGAUGAACAAGAUGCGAGGUGCAAGGCCCAAGACAGCCGAGGAGGAUGCACGUCGCGUCCGCAUCGUCUCUGGCGAGCCCGACAUCCUUGGCCACGGCGCCUACACCGACGAGGACUUCAUGUCGCCGCCUGCCCACCACGACGUCGUUGUGCAGCCUCACAGCCUCCACAGCCUCAGCGCAGCGGUGGCUGCCAUGGGCGGAUACUCGACCGACACAGCCACCAGCAGCACAGAGACCGACAGCGACACCAGCCCCACCCUCACCGAAUCCUCCGUCACCAGCACCUCCUCGGGUGCAAGCAGCGCCAACCAGCUCAACGUUCGCAGGAAGCAUCUCAGCCAGCCGCCGCCGGGUGUCCACAGACACGAUGAUGAGCGUGGCAUCAGGAUCAUGGGCGCAGCGCAAGGUGCUAGCACGGCACAGCAGCAGCCCAUGCCGGUGGUGCAGCGACCGGUGCGAGAAAGCAAGAGCAACACCAGCCUCGCAUCCGGAUACCGCUCCGACGGCGGCUCGAGCCUCGGCAGAACCGCCGAAAUCCCUCGUGGUGUUGGCCGCAAUGGAGGAAGAGGCGGACAUAGGGCCAGCAUCAGAAGCGCUGCUAGUCGCCAGGGCACCCUUCAGAACCGCCUCGGCCCCAAAGUCGGCGCCAACACUGCCAUCGAGGAUGCCGAUCAGACCAUCCGCGCAGAGGUGCCGUCGGACGACGAGACCGAAGUAAUGGUGCCCGAUGGCUUCGGCGGCCACACCCGCACCAAGCAGCCCAGGAACCCUCGCCCUCAAACUGCAAAUGCAGCCGUGCCCUCCCUCCUGCAUAGGAUCGAUAUGUCCUCGGACCACGCUCCCUCACCAAACGGACAGUCCCGUGCAGAGCAGUACGAAGUCGAAUCGUCCACGAGGUGGAAGGUCGGCAGCUUCUACGCUCCAGACGGCUCCGAGACAGCACGCAUAGAUCACGAAACUGGGACCAUUAGCGAGAAGGGAACGCAACUCGAGCCCUCCGAGGUGGCUCUCUCUCGGGCACAGUCGCGCGGUGGAUCCGAAUCUUCAGCCACCUCCCUCACACGCUCGCACACCUCCAGUAUCGGGCCCAAGGCAUCGCUCAUGCAGAGUCCUAGCGCCCAGAAUGCAGCUCGAAGCCAGGAAGAUGCGACUGAGCCCAGCACAGAGGACGGCCCCGUCGAAGGCUCCACCAAGGCGGCUGCUAUGCUGCAGAACAAGCAGUCGAGGACGUCUCUCGCCAGCGUCGCCAUGAGGAGCAAGCGAGGUCUCCAGGGGCUCGAGGAGGCCGAGCGAGGUGGUGCUCUGGUGAGCCUCGACAACUAUCGCAUGACCUACGACACUGGUCUUCCCAUCCUGCCCCACGAGAUCCAUGCUCUGGACCAGGACAGCAUCAUGGGCUCCGUCCGCCUCGGUCAAGCUCCACCCAUGAAGACGUCUCUCAGCCACAGCGGUGCCCCGCCCACAGCCACUGCUUCUUCCGCAAGCAAUGCGAGCGAGACCGACCAUGCAGCUUCUAGCGCAUCGAGCAAGCCUCGCAACCGACCUCGUAGGAGCCUGUCCGAGACCAACGUCAACACAGCGCUUCUGGAAAGACACGGGACGCUGCUCAGCAACACGGCCAACCCCAUGCGCAGGAGCAAAGAGCUCAACCGGCUGUUGGGCAACUCGGAUCGCAAACUCCCAUCGUCAGCGGCUCGACCCAUGCACCUCGAGUCUCCCACCAAGAGCGGCCUCAAGCGCAGCAAUGCGAUGCCAGCCACCGUCGUCCCGCCGCCAGCGGCGCUCGAGCAGGGCAAGGCGAACAAGGCGCGCGUCGAGGUUGACCUUGUCCUUGAGUCGGACCUCGUCGUCGAGGGCGGCACGCUGCAGGGUCGCAUGCAGAUCCGCGUGCGCAAGGGUUCCGACAAGGAAGGCGGCGUCUUGCUCGCCCAGCCCAAGAUCCGCGUCGUCGGCUUCGAAGAACUGCUCAGCGACGACACUCGCUACAUCUUCUACCACCAUGCCUCCGUCAUCGAUGGCGAUCGCUCCAACAACGGCCCGAGCGAGCCGUACUACCUGGACGGCUCGCCCACGCUCUCGUCGCCUGAGACCGCUCCCUUCUCGGCGCUCUCGUGCUUCUCGGGAUCUCCAGACGCAGAGGGCUACGCAGAGGGCAAGGUCGGCUCGCACUCGAUCCCGUUCUCGCUCGAGCUGCCCGUGUCCAAGGGCGCCAAGGGAAGCUACAGGGGCAAGAACGCCGUCGUGCGCUACAUCGUCAUCGGCUCCGUCAAGCUCAAGUCGGCUUCGGGCGCUAACCGCUCGAUCGCCCACUUCUACCGACACGUCGACCUCUUCCCCUACCUCAACCCUGCCGUGGUGCUGUCGAGCGCAAACAAGCCGAUCCAGGCGAGCAGCUCCAAGGGUCUCUUCCUCGGCGGAUCGGGCAAGGUGCACCUCAUGGCGAGCUUGCAUCGCAAUACGUGGGUUGCGGGUCAGCGCGUGUACAUCCACAUUGGCAUUCAGAACGACACGUCCAAAAAGAUCAACGGCAUGACGCUCGCGCUCAUCCGUACCGUCACGCUGUACAAGCCGCGCCCCGAGCUCGAUCUGGACGGACAGGCCGCCCGGCGCGAUCUGGAUCCCGAUGCAUGCCAGACAUCGACCACGCGCAAAAAGAUCGCCGAGGAAGAGCUCGAGAUGGGCCAGAAGGGCAGCAGGGGUGUCGUCACUGCUCGCGGGUGGUGGACGGGAGUAGAGCCGGGUCAGCGCGUCGAGUCGUCGCACUACAUGCACAUCCCUGCCGAUGCACUGUCCAUCUCGCGCGGCCGCCAUGUCGAGGUCGUCUACAGCAUCAAGGUCUCGAUUGGAAGCUCGCUCUCGGCCGACGUCUCGGUCGAGCUGCCCCUGCGCGUGAUCAACUUUGUAUCGCUCGACCCGCCGCCGAGCAAGAAGGCAGGCGCUGCCAAGUUCAGCGUCGAUUCGGCGCGAAGCUGGGUCUCGCCGGGUAGCAGUGCGGGCGAUGUGAGGUCUCCAGGAAGCUCGAGCGGAAGGAGCACUCGCGAUGGUGCCGAGGAUAUGGUCGCCAGACUCAAGUCGGUCGACGCGAUGCGGUCGCCAGGCAAGACCGAGAUCUCGCUGGCGAAUUACGAUCAGCAUCUGCAGGUGGCGCGCAUGCUCUCCCCCGGCGAAGUGGCAGCCGAGCAGAAGAAGCUUCUGCAGCACCAGAAGUCGCUCGACUUUAUCAACCACGCCAUCCGCAGCGCGGCCGCACGACGUGGAGUCGAUGUCACGCCGACCACUAGCUCGUCCGCCCGGACCCCCAGUCCGGCUGGUCUGGGCAUCGGUGUGCUUGACAGCAGUUCCGCCUCGAGCGCGCGAAGUCGCGACAGUCCCGGUGGAAGCAGCAGUACCGAUGGCGUCUCGGGUGCCGACGAGGACUACGAGGAAGACAACACCAAGACGCCGAUGGCCUCAGUCAACCGAUCCGGAACCGCUCAGCCUAUCUAUCCGCCCGGCUGCGAGCCGUACGAGCCGCAUCACCAUCGUGCACACCAGGCGCAGUAUGGCGGGGCCUACUCGCAGCUUCCUGUCACAUUGCACCUUCCUGGAGGCAUGCACCACAUGCAGCAGAUGCAGAUGCAGAUGUACCAGAUGGCUCCACCUCCGCACGCAGGGGUCAUGCUACCUGUGCUGCGCAUCAACAACGCCAAUGCCGUCUCGCUCGACGAGAUCGGUGACGAUUACGAUGACGAUGUCCAGGACGCACGUGUGGACCCGGACCAGACCCUGGGCCUCAACGACGAGUCGAUGGCCGAGAUGAACAUGGUCAUUGGCUCCGCCCGGCUGGACGACGAGGACCAUGCGCAGUUUGACGACAGCAUGCACGUCGACGAUGCGGAGCACGACGAGAGGCAAGACAUGCUCUUUGAGCGGGUGUCGCGCGCCGCAGACGCCGGCAACGAGGGUUGGUCGCUGCGCCGUCGCGAUUCGGCCGAUGACGAGCCCGAGGCGCACGAUGCGGACGAGGCAGACGACGUCGCCGAGGUCUCGUCGAUCAUGCAAGCCGUCAGUCUGGAGCCGGCGGCUCCUCCGAGCUCCGAGGUGUCCGUUCCCGGAAGCAUGGCACCCCCAACGGCCGCUGCGGUGACGACCUCGGUGUACGAUGCAUCGCAGGCUGCGGCGAGGAGGGCUGUGGCAAGCCCUCCUGUCCCAGUACGAGGACAGUCGCGCGCAACAGUGACGAUCUCCCCGCGCACCAAUGCGUAUGCAGUGUCGAAUGUGACCCGACCGCUCAAGAUCAGCAAAGAUAGCAGCGCGACCAGCUCGCUCCUGCCUCAGCAGACGAUCCAUGCCAAGGCAUCGUCGGAACAGCUGGCCGAGAGGUCGGCCGGUGAAGUUGCUGCGCCGUCUCGCGACACGCAGACGUUGAGCGCUGCCAACCUAAAGCGCCACUCGGACAAUCUGUCGUACCGACAGCAGCAACAACAGCCGACCCGGCACCGGGCCACGCACUCCGUCACGGGCCUCAAACCGCUCAUCCUCAAGCCCAAGGCCACCAGUGACGGCCGCCGGGAUCGCACGUCCUCGGCGGGUUCUCGAACGCCCGAUGUUGCCUCGCCGAGGGAAGGUGCAUUUGUAUCCGGCACGGGUGUCGCCGAGAAUGUGCGCACGCCAGACAGUCUCUCGAGCGAGCUUUCUCAGAUCGCUCCGGCUCCAGCAACCGCUGCAAAGGCGAUUGAAACCAAGCCGUCCCUGAUGCACAAGGCCUCGGACGCAUCCAUCGCCUCGACUUCGAGUCCCGCUGCGCACUCGGCCGGCUUGCCGCGUUCGUCGACGCUUCAGUCGAUGCCGAUGCAGACGGAAGGUAGGAUGUCGGUGCAGCGAUCGGAAAGUAUGUCUUCAGUCGUCGACGAUGCGGGUGACGACCGAGCGCUGUCUCGCUCGCACUCGACACACAAUCUGCGCGGAGCAGCGGUGCUUGUGCCCUCGGUGCGCAACAAGAUCGCCAUGCUCGAGAGCCGGAGUGCCGCGCUGCGCGAAUUCACAGGUGCUGCCGCCGAGGCGUCGCCCGCCAGUUCGCCGCUGAAAAAGUCGACGUCGACAUCCAACUUUGGCCUGAGCAGCUCGACGUCGACGGGUCGAGUGGCACAGCUGGCUGCUUCCGCAGAGAGGGCAGGUAGCCUGACGCCUUCCGCUUCCUCGCCGUUCAGGCUCGGAAGAAAGGGCAGCUUCGUCUCGGUCGCCGACUCGGAGGACGGCGCAGGCUCCAUGGUCUCGUCGGUAGCGCCCGUGCCGGAGUACAUGAAGACGGCCGCUAGCUCGGUGCCGAGCUUCAACGCUCCUGUCCUGCGCAACCUUCGCUAA